GUACACAGUGCAUCCCUCCGGCCCUGCCAUGUGUCUUCAGGCAACCUAAGAUCCAUCAGCAGAGGAUGCUUUCUCGUCAGAGAUACCCACAUCUGAUUCCUUAGGGACAACUUGGUUUUAAUAAAUCCAGAAUCUUCAUUGCACUGAUUUUUCUACCCAAAUGCAAUUCUCUCCUGAUGCUUCUCAGACAAGCAGCUCAAAGAACACCUGUGAAGACAGUAGUAUCUCUCACCCAGCAGGUCUUCGGGGGCCUGGUGUGGAUCCUGGUGGCCUCCUCACUAGUGCCCUGGCCCCUGAUCCAGGGCUGGGUGAUGUUCGUGUCUGUGUUCUGCUUCGUGGCCACCACCACCUUGAUCGUCCUGUACAUAAUUGGAGCCCACGGUGGGGAGACUUCCUGGGUCACCUUGGACGCAGCCUACCACUGCACCGCUGCCCUCUUUUACCUCAGCGCCUCGGUCCUGGAGGCCCUGGCCGCCAUCACGAUUCAAGAAGGCUUCAUCUACAGGCACUACCACGAAAACAUCGCUGCCGUGGUGUUCUCCUACGUAGCCACGCUGCUCUACGUGGUCCACGCGGUGUUCUCUUUAAUCAGGUGGAAGUCUUCAUAAAGCCGCAGCAGAGCUUGAGCUGAAAACCCAGAUGGUGUUAACUGGUCGCCUCACCUUCCAGCAUAACUUUCUAGAAAACAGAAAUGCCCUUGAUGGUGGAAAAAAGAAAACAACCCCCCCCCAAAAAAAAACCCUGCCCUGUUGCUUGUGGGUGCUGUGUUGACUCUCCCGUGUGCCUUCGAGUCCGGGUUGGGAGCUUGCUGUGUCUAACCUCCGACUGCUGCGCUGUCUGCUAGGUCACCUCCUGUUUGUGAAAGGGGACCUUCUUGCUCAGGGGUGGGAAGUGGGGACCAUGACCUAAGAAGGAAACAAAGAUCCCCUGCUGACCCCUGGACCAACUCUUAAGAAGGGCUAUCUGGAAUUUUCUACAGGCUCUCCUGAGUGCCCCAUCUUGUGACAUGUUUCAAGUCUUCAUGGAUGUCUGUGUGUCAUGGGGACUAAAACUCACUCAACAGAUCUUUCCAAAUAUCCAUGGUGGAAGAUGAUAACCCUUUGAAAUACUUUAUAAAGUGUCUUUAUGUUCAA